ACGCUAACAAUAUAUUGUUUUUAAUUUAACAUAGUCAAAAUAGUAUUUUUUAGUAUUUGAUUAUUGAGAUUUCUAUCCAUAAUCUUUGAUCUAUCAAAACUUCUUUGCAAGACUCCUACCAACUCAGCCGUCAAAGUCGUUAAUGUGAACGUUAAAAGGCCACUUCAGCUUGCUUGAAACCUCUUUCUUCGCCCAAUCAGUCGCUGAUAAACUACUAAAGUGUGAAAAGUGCAUUCAAGACACUAAGAAAGCCCAGCAGAGCUGCUCAUUUUCGGCUGAAUGUCGCAUGAGUCGACUUAAGUUGCCGCCGUAUCAGCGCAAGAAGAACUCAACAGGAGCUUUUAGAAAAUCUGCCCCACCGACGCUCUCGGCGCCCUUCAGCGAGAUGACUUCCGUCCCCGGCAAUUUGCCCAAGCUGCCCGCGGGCUGCGUGCCGCUGGAGACGCAAGUGGCGGGCCACACAUUCCAGGCCGGCGAGAUUGGCAUCCUGCGCGAGGCUGACGGUACGAUUCUCAAGCCCGCCGCGAAGCCGCUGUGCGGCGCUCGCGAGAUUAAGUUCUACGACACACUGCUGGACGCCACGGAGCCCAGCCUCGUGGCGCUGCGCGAGCUGGUGCCAGAGUAUCGCGGCACGCAGAAGCUGUUCCUGGGCGAACGCUACGUGGACUUCAUGAAGCUGGUGGACGCCACUGAGGGCAUGCUGGAGCCCUGCAUCAUGGACGUGAAGAUCGGCGAACGCACGUGGGAUCCACUGGCCACGGAGGAGAAGCGCGCCGCCGAGGAGCAGAAGUAUUUGGCGUGCAAGAAGGCGUUGGGCCUCUGCAUUCCCGGCUUCCAGGUGUAUCACCUGGCCAGCGGCCGCCUGAAGCGCUACAGCAAGGACUACGGCAAGAAGCUGAACGAGAAGAGUGUGCGCGACGCGCUGCGGAUCUUCUUGAACGCCGACUCUGGACUGUGCAGGGCGCUGCUCAUGCAACUGCUGUCGGGCCUGUGGGCCAUCCAGAAGUGGGCGCGCACACAGAAAGCCCUCCGACUCUACUCCAGUUCCGUCCUCCUGGUCUACGACGCCGCCAGGCUGCGCAGCACAAUCCAGGCGAGGAGGAGAAUCAGCGCUCCGAAUGGCAACCCACCGACGCCUCCAACGGCCGAAUGCAACGGAUCACCGUUCAAUUGGACCGCCGCUCCUGCGGAUCCCGUGCAGUCUUACCAGAAGAUCCAGCGCAGCCACUCGGCGCAGAACAACUACGACCAGGACCUGAAGGAGAUCCGCGAUCAGUAUGCCUUCAUGCUGCAUCGGCUGACUGGCGAGAGGAAGGAGUGGGCGACGGUGAAGAUGAUCGAUUUCGCGCACGCCUUUCCGGCCGACGAGGACGCAGUGGACGCCAACUACUUGUUCGGCAUCGAGAACCUGGUGAAGAUGUUCGAGGAAUUCCUCAAGGAGUGCGACUAGGCACGCAGUAUUACCGUAAUCAUACUCUCUUAAGCACACACACACACAUACACUUUUGUACACAGGAUAAAGAUUAUGUCUUACAAA